AUAUAUAUAUAUAGAGAUAGAUGAAAGGAAUCUCUGCCAAGAUGACCGGCCAUCGGUCGGUGGCUCUUUUGUUGGCCAUGCUAAUUAGCAGUUGGCCAAAAGCCUCUUUGGGCGCCACUGGAAAUGGUAGUAUUAUAAACGCUAGCAACAACAACAGUAGUAGUGGUAUUGGUAGUGGCAACAAUUAUGCAUUCACCUCGGAACAUUCGGAAUACUCGGAACACUCGGACCACAAUGCCAACGACUCCAUGGAGUACGAUGCGGAGAGCGUGGCUCUCGAACGGAUCGUAUCCACGAUAGUUCCGGUCUUCUUUGGCAUUAUCGGAUUCGCCGGACUCCUGGGAAACGGACUGGUCAUACUGGUGGUUGUGGCCAACCAGCAGAUGCGCUCGACCACCAACCUGCUGAUUAUCAACCUGGCCGUCUCGGACAUUCUGUUCGUCAUCUUCUGCGUCCCGUUCACGGCCACCGAUUACGUCCUGCCCGAAUGGCCGUUCGGCAAUGUGUGGUGCAAGUUCGUCCAGUACAUGAUUGUGGUUACGUGCCACUGCAGUGUUUACACGCUGGUGCUGAUGUCCUUUGAUCGCUUCCUGGCCGUCGUUCAUCCCGUGACGAGCAUGUCCCUGCGAACCGAGCGCAAUGCCACACUGGCCAUCAUGUGCGCCUGGAUAACGAUUGUGACGACUGCGAUUCCGGUGGCACUUUCGCACUCGGUGCGAAUUUAUCAGUACCACGGAAAUGCUGGCACCGCUUGCGUCUUUUCCACGGAGGAGGAGGUCUGGAGUCUCGUCGGUUUUCAGGUCUCAUUCUUUUUAUCAUCCUAUGUGGCACCUUUAACGCUGAUUUGCUUCCUCUACAUGGGAAUGCUGGCUCGUCUGUGGAAAAGUGCUCCCGGCUGCAAGCCUUCCGCCGAGUCACGGAAGGGAAAACGACGCGUCACCCGAAUGGUUGUUGUUGUCGUAUUGGCAUUUGCCAUCUGCUGGCUCCCCAUUCAUGUAAUCCUUGUCCUGAAGGCCCUGAAUCUUUAUGGCGGCAGCCACUUGUCGGUCAUCAUCCAGAUAAUAUCACAUGUGGUGGCCUACACAAAUUCCUGCAUCAAUCCCAUACUAUAUGCCUUCCUGUCCGACAACUUUCGCAAGGCAUUCCGCAAGGUGGUUUGGUGUGGCAGCCCGCCGCCUCUGAUGACCAAUCAACAGGUGACCAAGACCACGAGAACUGCAACUGGCAACGGAACGUCCAAUAUUGAAAUGCUCUAA